AAAGGUCCCUUCGCUCACUUCUCACACACACACCCCCACUCUCUUCUCUCAUCAUUCCAUCCUGGUCCCCGCUCCUCACUUCGUGUGCAAUUCGUCCAGAAACCAAUUCAAAUCCCCAUUUUACCCUUCCCUUCCUUAACAUGGUUAAUCGAGAGCAGAACCCUCUUCAGAACACAUCAUCAUACCCGACAAUACUUCUCAUUACUGUCUAUCACUUUACAAAGGACAAUCCUUAUGCUCUUGCUCUUCUCUCUCCCCAUCUCUCUCUUGUGGCUCAACCUCGAACCCUUCAUGCUCUGCCUUCACCAGAACCCCAACAUAACACGUGUCGCAAGCAUAUAUUGCCGCUUCGCCAUCCCUGACCUCCUUGCCAACAGCCUCCUCCACCCUCUUCGCAUUUACCUCCGUAGCAAAGGGACAACAUGGCCAUUAAUGUGGUGCACCUUACUUGCUAUUCUCCUCCACGUUCCCAUCAUCAUUCUUUUGACCUUCAAGCUUCACCUUGGCGUCGCCGGAAUCGCCAUAUCAUCCUUCCUUGCCAACUUCAACACUCUCUUCUUCCUCCUUCUCUACAUGUACUACACCUCUGUCUCCCAAGAAUUAUCUCUAGCCCUGCCACUGAUUAAGGGAGCACACCAUGUUGGAGACGCCACGCUUAACUUCAUCAAGGAAUGGGCCAUGCUACUCAAGUUCUCCAUACAGAGUUGUCUCGCUGUGUGCUUGGAAUGGUGGUGGUACGAAUUCAUGACAAUCAUGGCAGGCUACCUUUACAACCCUCGUGCAUCGCUCGCCACCGCCGGCAUAGUGAUACAAACGACAUCUCUUUUGUACACUCUGCCGACGGCGCUCAGCGCGUCUGCAUCCACGAGGGUUGGCAACAAACUCGGAGCAGGGCAACCCGAAAGGGCGAGCUUGUCGACAGUGGUAGCCAUAGGGCUAUCACUGACAAGCUCGAUCUUGGGGUUGCUCUGGACCACAGUAGGGAGAGAGAGAUGGAGCAGAGUGUUCACGGAUGAUAGGGAGGUUGUGGAGCUAACAAUGGUUGUGUUGCCGAUAAUCGGAGUGUGUGAGCUGGCAAACUGUCCGCAAACGACUUGUUGCGGAAUAUUGAGAGGGAGUGCAAGACCGGGUGUGGGAGCAGCCAUAAACUUCUGCUCGUUUUACAUGGUGGGAGCACCGGUGGCGAUAGUAUUGGCGUUCGUAUUGGGAAUGGGAAUGGUGGGUUUGUGUUAUGGGCUUCUAGCAGCGCAAAUGGCGUGUGUGGUUUCGAUUCUUGUUGUGGUUUAUAAAACAGAUUGGGAGAGUGAGUCUUUGAAAGCCAAAAUCUUGGUCGGAAAGAGUCACAGCUUGUUAUCAUCACGUGCAGAAGAAGAAGAGGAUCAAACACUCAAAUGUGAAGAAGGUGUUGUCUUUCUCAACCCCCAAUAACCUGCAAUUGCAACAAUAUAUACAUUCAUACGUGUACCCAUCGAAAAGCAUGCAUGCUAUGCUUUCUUAUAAUUAUUAAAAGCUUCAGAGGGUAA